AUGAACGAGGCUCCUAACUACAUGGUUGAACGAGACAGCAUCGAGCCGUUGACUCGGAACUGGAGACAGUCACUCAGCCUCGAGGAAUUUCUGAUUGAGUUCCUGAUGGCAUCGUUCACGCUUUUGGGCAUAUUUUGUGACGAAGUCAUCCGCGCGAUUUUCAUUGAACAGCUUCCAGCGAAUUGUCGUGCUAUUCUCGCCAUGUCUGAAACUAGUGAUCUUGCAAAACUUGCUAUAAUCGCAGAUAGAAUCGUGGACGUCGGGGGUUGGUCGUCAACUGCGGUAGCAUCGGUUGAUAGGCGCGAUGAUCUUAAUUCUAAAAUUGAUGAAUUAACUAGUCGGAUCGAGUCUCUUUCAAUCGAAACUCACAGAGAAUCGCGUAAUUACAAUCGAGAUCAUUCAAGAUCUCGAUCUCGUUACCGAUCUAUGUCAAGAAAUCCCAAUGAAAACAAUAAUAAAAAGAAACCGGGCAAUAAGAACGAUAACGAUAAGAAAUGUUUUUAUCAUAAAAAAUUCGGCAACGACGCAUUAAAAUGCAGACCACCUUGCUCAUUUAAAAAAAACUAA